AUGGAUGCGAAUAAAAAUGCGGUACAAGAAGUCGAUUUAAACACUGAGCUAGUGAAGAAAACGAAUGAAGCGCUGAAAAACAAUAACGGGGAAAAACUGACCCACUCCGGAGAGUGGCCGCUGCUGCUGAAGGGGCUGGAGGAUUUGAACGUGAAAUCUCUGAAGUACACGCCAACCCCGUACGGAUACAGCCCUAUGGAAAGGCCGUUGGACGUGUAUCUUGAGUACGGAGUGAUAAACCUGGACAAGCCGUGCAACCCGUCCUCGCACGAGGUUGUAUCGUGGGUGAAGAGCAUUCUUAAAUGCGAGCGAACGGGACACUCCGGAACCCUCGACCCCAUGGUGUCUGGGUGCCUUCCGGUCUGUUUGAACAAGGCCACGCGAAUUGCAAAGUGCCAGCAGGACGCAGGAAAGGAAUAUGUUGGGGUUGUGCACUUUGAAGAAGGAGUCACAAAGGAGCAGUUUUUGGCCGCGCUCAAGGUGUAUGUGGGCCCUCUGUUGCAGAGGCCGCCCGAGCAGUGCGCUGUUAAAAGAAACCUACGAAUCAGAACUGUGCACAGCGUGGAGUAUCUGGACUUUGAUGAGAAGAAGCAGCUGGGCAUGUUCAGAGUCUCCUGCGAGGCAGGGACCUACAUCAGGUCGCUCUGCACGCAUCUGGGCCUGCAUCUAGGGGUCAAGUCGGAGAUGGUGGAUCUGAGGAGAACGCGAAGCGGCACUGUUGGCGAGGACCGCCUGGUGACAAUGCAUGACGUUCUGGACGCAAUGUAUCUGUACGACCAGAAGCGGGACGAGAAGUAUUUGCGGUCUGUUGUUCUGCCGCUUGAAAGUCUUCUUGUGGACUACCCCAGGAUCAUCAUAAAGGACAGCUGCAUAAACUCGAUCUGCUACGGAGGCCAGCUGACGGCAAAGGGCGUGCUUCGGUAUGGGGACUUCAACCACAAGGACACGGUGCUGCUGGUGUCGCCAAAGGGAGAGGCUGUGGCGCUGGCGGUGGCGCUGGUGACAUCUCCCCAGCUGAGCAUGAUGGAGCAUGGCACUGUUUGCCGAACCAAGCGGGUGAUCAUGAGCAAAGACACAUACCAGAGACAGUGGGGCCUUGGCCCGAAGACGCACAAGGACGAGGGCGUGCAGGCGGAAGAAAAAGAGGCUGCAAAGAGCAUGCCGAGCGAGCGCGAGAAUAUGGUGGAAAAGAGAGAGCAGAGGGAGCCUGUUGGCUUGGAAAAAAGAAGGUCAAGGGACGACGGCCCAUCAUAUUUUAAAAAGGCUCGAAAGGACUUUUCCUAG